AUCAACAUUUAAUGCUUGGAGAUUCUAGCUCCGCAGGAGUCAUGUCAGGGGACCUCUAGAGCCAAUCUGCUUGGGUAGAGGAGUGAUAAUUAUUCAUAGGCUCCUGCCUCUUGCUCCUUCUCUUGCACAGCCCCACGCUGCUGACUCAGUGCCUUAUUCAGUCUUCUCUCUCCCUCUCCACUGCUGUAGCUGGACCCCUUUGCCUUCACAGCCUCUGAGAAUCUGCACAUCCAUCCCACCAUGGCUAAAACAGCAAUGGCCUAUAAGGAAAAGAUGAAGGAGCUGUCCAUGCUGUCUCUGAUCUGCUCUUGUUUUUACCCUGAACCUCGCAACAUGAAUAUCUAUACAUAUGAUGAUAUGGAAGUGAAACAAAUCAACAAACGUGCCUCUGGCCAGGCCUUUGAACUGAUCUUAAAGCCGCCAUCUCCUGUCUCAGAAGCACCACGGACUUUAGCCUCUCCAAAGAAGAAAGAACUGUCCCGUGAGGAGAUCCAGAAAAAGCUGGAAGCUGCUGAGGAAAGGAGAAAGUCCCAGGAGGCCCAGGUGCUGAAACAUCUGGCAGAAAAGAGAGAACAUGAGCGAGAAGUCCUUCAGAAGGCUUUGGAGGAGAACAAUAACUUCAGCAAAAUGGCAGAGGAAAAGCUGAUACUGAAAAUGGAACAGAUCAAAGAAAAACGUGAAGCUAAUUUAGCCGCUCUUAUUGAACGUCUUCAAGAAAAGGAGAGGCAUGCUGCAGAGGUCCGUAGAAACAAGGAGCUCCAGGUGGAACUGUCUGGCUGAAAAAAGCAACGGUGGAUGAGACACCUCCCCACCAUUAGUAAACUCCCCUGCCUAUAUUAUUAUGGAUCAUGCGAUAUCAGUAUGGGAAAUGUAUGACAUGGUUUAAAAAAAAAUCAAGAACUCAAUAAAAAACAAAACAAAAACAAAAAUAAAAACAAUAUGGUCUCUCUGCAGAAUGAUUUGCUUGAUGUUUAAAAAAAACUUGGAUCUUAUUUUGUAAAUACUUACAUUUUUGUUAAAAAAUACAAGUAUUGCAUUAUGCAAGUUAUUUCAUAAUCUUACAUGUCCUGUAACAGGCUUUUGAUGUUGUCUAUUUCCACUCAGUUGAAUUUGCUAGGUCUGUUCAUUUGAAGCAGCCCAUGUCUAAUUCCAUUCCCUGCUAUUUUAAUUCUAACCAUGCAAUGAGGUCAAUAGUAGGUCUAUGGUGCUAGAGACCAGUCAUCGCCUAAUAACCCAGAAGGCUUUGUAAUCAAUAAGCUCUGUUAAAACAAUAACUAGAUCACAGGUAUUGUGACUCCACAUGAAGCUGUCCAGAUAAAAAGCUCUUAAAACAUUGUUCAUAAUUUAUUUACAUCUACCCUUUGUAGAAUUAAAAUGAAUGGGAGAUUAAAUUGUUAUUUGCAAUGUUUAUUUUGUCUGCCUUCAUCAGAUCAGAGGCAACAAAUAUUGCUUUUUUAAUAAGAGCUACUGAUAAAAGAAGGCAACGGACAUCAAUCUGAGCCAAAGUUAAGAAGCUGAGUAUUAUAAACAGACUAGCUAUGAAAAAUUAUAAAUGGUACACAACAGCCAUAAAAAAUGCUAAUUGUCUCACAAGCUUAAUUCACAAGUUGAAGAUUUAUUGAUGGAGCAAUCAAUCAGCAUCAAGUGGCUUUGUCUGUAGAUGCCAUGAUCUAUGAUAUUCAUUUGAAGCUACUGUGUUACAUGUGUAAAAGUACAAGAGGCUACUGAAUAUUUCCACCAGGGACCUGUGAGCUGGUUGUUGCUUUUUUUUUAAAACACUGCUGAUUUCCACUCAACAUGACCUGUCCUCUUCAGUGUUAGUCAACCUGACCUACUUUAAAGACAUCUAGAAAAAAAGAGGGCUGAUGCGGCAGGAAUAAUUAGACAAGGUGCUUGUGCCAAGUACGGUAUCACCAAACCUAACAUAACCCCUAAAAUAGCUGCCAUUUUGAAGUUGUCCCUACCCCCUGGAGGUUGCUGCCUGCAUAUUCUACUCUUCAUUAGUGCUAUUUUCCUGUAUGUCAUUGUGAGCAAGCUGUGAUUAAUAAAGAAUUGGGGUUCUGUGAA